AUGGCUGAGUGUGGUGCCGUUGCCAUGGCUGAGUGUGGUGCCGUUGCCAUGGCUGAGCGUGGUGCCGUUGCCAUGGCGAUGCCGUGCCUUCUCCUGCUCACCGCCCACAGGGAGCUCCUGGUCGGCCGCCUGCGCAGCGUCCAGUGCCUCCUGGACAACCUGCGCGCCUCCGGAUACUUCUGCGAGGAGGAUGAGGAGAUCGUCCAGCGAACGGCCACCAAAGCAGACCAGGUGCGCAAAAUUUUGGAGUUGGUCCAGUGCAAAGGGGAGGAAGCCUGUGAAUACUUCAUUUUCAUCAUAUAUAAAGUAUGUGAUGCAUAUAUAGAUCUCCAGCCAUGGCUGAAAGAAAUCAACUACAACCCGAGCGAUGAAAUGAGAGAUGUGACAGUGGUGAACACAGACCCCAUCAGCAGAUACUGCCAGAAGCUGCGGCAUGAGAUGAGCAGGGACACCAGCUUCAUCAUGUCCUACGGACAGCGAGACGAGACCCGUCUGGAAGACCUCUACACCGACACGGUCAUGGAGCUCUUCAACGACAGCAAUGAAUGUCUGGGCCUCUUGGAGAGUGUAGAGCAGCUCCUAGGAGACAAUGAUUUGUUCAACCCUCAAGGAGAAAUCAUUUACGUGAUGGGGGAUGCCGGUGUAGGAAAAUCCAUCCUCUUGCAGAAGCUCCAGAAUCUCUGGUCCAAGAAGGAGCUGCAGACGGACGCCAUCUUCUUCUUCAAGUUUCGCUGCAGGAUGUUCAGCAUUUUCAAGGAGGCGGAGCAGAUCUCCCUCAGAGACCUUUUAUUCAAAUACAACUGCCAUCCGGAUCACGAUCCGGAUAACGAAGUCUUUGACUACAUCCUGCGCUUCCCUGAGAAGGUGAUCUUCACCUUUGACGGCUAUGAUGAGAUCCAGGAGGACGUGGACCUCGUAGAUGUUCCAGAAGUGGUCUCCCCGGAGGACAAGGCCAGCCCCCUUCAGCUGCUCAUCAGCUUACUCUGUGGGAAACUACUCAAAGGCUCCAAGAAGGUGCUGACGGCCCGAACAGGGAUUGAAAUCCAACACAGGGUGAUCAGGAAGAAGGUGGCUCUGCGCGGGUUCUCCCCGGAUCAGAUGAAGACGUACAUUGACCUGCACUUCAAGGAGCAGGAGCACAGAGAGCUGGUGUCAGUCCAGCUGGACGCCAGUCCCCACCUCUGCGGCCUCUGCUCCACCCCGCUCUUCUGCUGGAUCGUCUUCAAGAGCUUCAAGCACCUUCACACCAUGCACGAUAGUUUCAAUCUGCCCGAAACCUCCAUCACGCUAACGGACAUCUUCCUCCUGCUGUCCGAAGUGUUCCUCAGCCGUUUGGCAACACGCGGUCCGUCGUUGCUGAAGAAGAGCGUUCGCUCGGCUGCCGACACAUUCAAAGCAGGGCUCAGAUCUCUCGAUGCAUUUGCAAAGCUGGCACUCGGGGGUCUGGAGAGAGGGAACUUCUUCUUCAGCCAAGAAGAGGUGGAUGAGUGUGGUCUGACAGAGGACGACUUGGCCCUGGGAUUCCUUCGACCUCUCAGUGACCACGACGCCGGAGGAAGCCCUGCUACCUUUGAGUUCCUCCACAUCACCCUCCAGUCUUUCUUGGCUGCGUUUGCUCUCGUGCUGGAUGAGCGGGCCAAUGCCAGCGCCAUCCUCAAGUUCUUCACGGAGUGCAGCAGGCGGAGAGACCCGUUGUGUUUAGUUUUUUGUACAAAGCGCUCUGAAAAGCCUGGUGAAAAGAAGCUAUUUGCAACUAAUGAACACCUUCAGUUCACCAACAUGUUCUUGUGUGGACUGCUGGCAAAGACUCAGAUGGGUCUGAUGGGACAUCUGCUCUCCCCUUCCAUAUUAAAGAAGAAACAGGUUUUGUUGAAGUCGUACCUGUCCACUAGUGUCAAGUUCCACCUGCAGGGCUUACCCCACUACAACGGCGAGGACGGCAAAAAGAUUCACGUGUUGCCCAACUUCCUCUGGAUGAUCAGGUGCAUCUUUGAGACGGGGAGCAAGGACAUCGCUAAGAUGACGGCAAAAGGCAUCUCAGUGCACUUCAUCAAGCUGGGCUACUGUAACGUGUACUCGGGGGACUGCACCGCUCUGAACUUUGUCCUGCAGCAUCGCCAGAAACUCCUGCGUCUGGACAUGGACAACAACAACAUUAGUGACUACGGGGUCAAGCAGCUUCAGCCGUCCUUUUGCAAGAUGACGGUUGUGAGAUUGUGUGUCAACAACCUGUCAGACAGCAGCAUCGAGGUUCUGGCAGAAGAGCUGUGUAAACACAAAAUUGUGGAGAUCUUGGGGCUUUACAACAAUCGCAUCACAGAUGCAGGAGCCAAGCUUGUUGCCCGCAUCAUUGAGGAAUGCCCCAAGCUGGCAAUCGUCAAGAUUGGUAAGAACAAGAUCACGAGUGUGGGUGGGAGGUAUUUGGCCAGAGCCAUUCAGAAGAGCACCUCCAUAUUUGAUGUGGGGAUGUGGGGAAACAGCAUCGGGGAUGAGGGAGCCCAAGCCUUUGCUGAAGCUUUGAGGAACCACCCAAGUCUUACCAACCUCAGUCUGUCAGCCAAUGGCAUUUCAUCAAAAGGAGGGAUUUUCCUGGCAAAAGCUCUGAAGGAGAACCGAGUCCUGAGGAUAUUCUGGUUGGUGCAGAACGAGCUGGCCGACGACGCGGCUCCACACUUGGCCGGGUUGAUUCAAGCCAACACAGGUCUCCGGCACCUCUGGUUGAUCAGUAACCGGUUAACUGUGGACGGGAUCCAAAUCCUUGCAGACGGUCUAACCAACAACGCAGAGCUCAAAGAGAUAUGCGUGAAAGGAAACCAGGUCUCUGAAGAGGAAGAGAAGCGCUUUUUGACGGAGAAACGUCUGCGCUUCCACUGAAAGAGACGGGAUCCUGCUGCCCUGAACACACACACACACACACACACACACACACACACACACACACACACACACACACACACACACACACACACACACCCCUUACCAUUUAUUAUUUUGAAGGGAAAUAAACAGUAUUAUUGUUUAUUGUAUAAGGUUUAUUGCCAAGAAGCAUUGUCACAACAAAAAAAUGAUCUACCAAGCACACAUGUCCUUACUUUUACAAAUCACUUCUGGUACUUGACGCAAACCAAAGAACUUCACUGUUCUUGGAAGCAACUGUUCAAAAUCAUCCUUUGUUUCUGUGGAAAUAAGUUAGAAAGAGAUAUUCUUCUGCAGAUCCUGCAUUCCCUUUAUUUAACGCUGAUGAACAAUGACAUUUCUUCUGUUCAAGACAUAAGACCGACUUUUAAUAUGUUUUAAACACAUUAUAGCUACAUCUUGUGGCCGUCUGAGGCCCGUCAGAACAUUGAGGCCCAACUCGACACAUCUACUUGUUUUAUUUCAUUCUAUUUUAUAAGAUAUGUCAUUUUUGUUUAGUUCAUGUUUUAUUUCUAUUUUGUCUUAAUUAUGGUAUGGUUUUAUUAACAGACGCUAUUGUCACAUGGAUAUCUCAUGACUUGAAGAGGAUUUACGCCCAAACCAUCCAAAAUAAUUAAACAAAUAAUUGUUAUAGCUACAAACUGAGUGUUUUUAUUUAUUUGAAUCAUUCCUGAGAAUAAGAGCAGUGAGCAGGCUUUAGCACCUGAAGACCUCUUCAUGGUUCAGAGAAAAAUCGAUUUCCGAUUUAAAUCGAUUCUCAUAUUAAUUCCUUAAAAUCGAUUUGUACAUCUAAAGAUUGAUUUUUUUAAUUUUUUUUUCAUCAUUACAACUUUUGGUAUUUUUUUGUUUAUACCCUAAAAAGGAAUGUUUUGUUGGACACGAGAAUAACUGGUGCCAUGCUUUUGCCUUCAAAUAUGCUUAAAGGUACGAAAACAUUAAAGUUUUCACUUAUAGUUGCAUGAAUUGUCUAUAUCUCAUUACAUUAUAUACUGUCUCAGGGUUAAAUAUGCAUAAAAAUACUAAAAACCAAAUCCUCAAAAAUAAAAAACUGAAAUAGACCGAAAAUGGAAAAAAUUAAAACGGAAU